GCUGGAUGAAGACAGUGUGAUCCAGCAGGAUGUGAGUUUGCGUGGUAGCAAGCGUGAGGUGAAGCAACGCAAGCUCAGUGGUCCCAUGAACCCGAAGGCGUUACCUAUGGUGGAGUUUCAGCAAGAUGCCCAGCCAGCAAUGCAAAAUAUGAUGAUGAUGCUGAUGCAGCAAAUGAACCAAAUGAUGUGGCACUCAGGCAGUAACCCAGAUGCUCGUGGCUCUGGUGUGGGUUUGGGCAAUUUUCGUCCUGCGGCGGCACCAAAGGUCAAGAUGUUGAUGCCUGAUCCUGCCACUCAUGCAUCAAGUGCUCACGCUGCAGCUCCUGCAGCAGCACCGUUGCAGGCCAUUGAGGACAAGCAACCUGGCCCUCAGAGCUCUACAAAGGAAAAUGGGCAUGAAGGGGAAAUGUCUCCCAACAAGGCCAUGCUCGAGGUGAACCAGCCAGAGGCAGCGGUGUUGCUGGAAACCACUCCUAAGAUUCCUGGGCCAAUGAAGAGGCCUGCAGGCAAAGCCGUGCCUACCCCGAAGCCAAAGGCUCAGGGUGCCAAAGGCAAAGGCGGAUCGAAGCCUUCUGGCAAGGGCAAGUCGAAGGCGGUUAAGACUGUGCUUUGCCAGGGAGAGUUCAACCUGUUGUCCAUCCAGCUGGAAGGCCCUGCAAAUGUACAUCUGCGCUGGCAGCAUGGCUUUGAGUGGUUUGUGGAGACUGGCACUCCCAGCCACUUGCUAAAAUAA